AAUCAGAGUGAGGGGUUUUGCAUAGCGGGGCGUAAUUUCCUACAUAUUAAACCGCUAGUCUCUCGCGGAUUAAGCACACAAACACACAAACACACACACAGAGAGCUUCCGAAAAAGGUGUACUUUCAGUACAAGGGCACUCAGAACAUCCAAAAUGGAUGACAACCCAGUUAAAGAUGAGGUGGAGAAAUUCGACAAGAGGUGUCUAAAAAAGACCAACACCGCAGAGAAAAACAGUCUUCCAACAAAGGAGGACAUCGAACAAGAAAAGAAGGCUACCACUACAGCAAAAUGAAGCCUGUUGGGCCAUGAUUCUUCAUGUAUCUCUUUUUUCUAACAACAACUCCCCCCUCCCCCAAUCCGUUUCCCUUUCUCCAUUUUAAAUCAAUUUACUUAAUCACAGCUUCACCUCCUGCACUUCAAUACCCUCAUUUAUAUAAUAUCACAGUCUCCUUAUAGUGCCAUAGGCAAGGAAACAUGCAACCAGAAGGGGUAGAGGAGUGAGCAUGCAAAAAUCCUGUGUAAUUGCACCUAUGCAUAUUUUUUAACUUUUUUUUUUUUUUUCAAUUUUACAUUCCGGAGAAUGGACUAAGGUGGCAUGAGCAGUCAAACACAAGUGUGUAGGUUUUAACAUCAGCCAGUAACUCUGUCAUCUCUGACCAUGUCUCUGUAUCUGGUAACAUUCGUUGAGUUAUCAAGAAAAUGACGUAAAAAUAUUUUUGUUUAAAAAAAAAAAAACAAUAAUAAAAUGUUGUUUAAAACAUA